AUGGCCCCCGAACACACAAAAUUCUGCAAUCUGUGCAAACAAGACCUCAAACCACGUGGGUGGACCACUCAUUGCAAGGCCUGUGAGAAGAAGGCCGAGAAGCAGCGUCAAAAUCAGCUUGUUGCGGAAUCCAUUCAAAGGGAAGAUCUAGAGGCAGAAGCAGAUCACUUUGCUGAUACUGAUGUCUCUGAACAUGCAAGCACUCCCAGAUUUCGGGUUGAUGACAUUAGGUGUGAGUAUCAUCCAAGCAGUGGGAUCCCACCUGAGGUCCAUGCUUUUGAGGACUUCAAACGGCAUCCAACCCCACUGGCAUCUAUCCCGCCUAACAAGCACCCCUGGGCGCCAUUCAAGUCGCGACUAGAGUUUGAACUUGCUGAACUUGCCCUGGAGGCUUGUUUGAACAACGAGCAGACUGAUCGGCUCAUACGACUUUGCAACCGGUGCACUUCCCGACAGGAGAAGUUCACAUUCCAGACCCACAAGGACAUUCACGACAGGUGGGAGACUGCUUCCCAUCGCCUCACGGGGUUUACUCAAGACAUGAUUUCAGUACCAUAUGACGGUACUGUACGAGAGUUUGAUCUACACUACCGCAAUCUCUGGGAGUGGACUACCGAUCUCCUUCGUGAUCCUCAGCUCUUUCCACACAUGGUAUUUGAUGCGCAGCGCUUCUCAAAAUUUGAUGGCAAGACAUUUGUAACCUUUGUGGAUGAACCUUUUUGGAAUGUUCAAUCUCAGCUACCAGAGGGCGCCAAACCUCUGGCUUUUAUUCUGUAUGCGGACAAGACUAAGUUGUCCUUGUUUGGUACCGCAAGAGGUUACCCCGUCAUUGCACGCCUUGCGAAUCUUCCCACCGACAUUCGCAACGGUCAAGGUAUGGGUGGCAGCAAUGUUGUUGGGUGGCUUCCUAUUGUGAAGGACGAGAAGGACCAUGCUGGCAAGCCAAGCUGGGUCAAUUUCAAGAAUGCUGUUUGGCACAAGGUGUUCUUGAAGAUUCUCUCACCGCUAGCAUCGAAAUCUAGUACAGGUCAAUGGUUUGAAUGUCUUGACAGCAUCCAACGCUGGUUCUUUCCUUCAAUAUUAAUCUUGUCGGCCGAUUACGAACAAUGUGUUAUGUCGCUCACUCGAGGGAUUAAGUCCCUGUGGCCAUGCCCAGUUUGUCUCGUUCCCCAUGACAACCUUUUGGAUGCUUUGAAGACCUAUCCUCGUCGAACAUCCGAUCAGUUACAGAACAUCUUGCAGGUUGCGCGGGGCAAGCAGACCGCUGAAGAGAGAGAUGAUACACUCAAACAAUAUGGACUUCGUGAUGUCCAGAACGCUUUUUGGAUUGUCAGGCUUACUUGUGUACAUUACACACUCUCGUGGGAUAGGCUCCAUUUCAAUGGUGGCCUGUACCGCGAUCAUUUGUGGGCCGAACUGCAGAGAUUGAUCACUAGUCUUGGGAGAGCAAGUGUAGCGCAGAUGGACCACAACUACAAGGCGUUUCCACAGUGCAUUUCAUUUGCGGAUAGUAGUGUGUAUGAAGACAUUUCAAAGAUGGUGAUCUAUGCUGCACAUAUCAUUGUGACUGGGGACGAGUGUCCAAUCGGCUACCUCUUACUUUGUUCACUCGAGGUUCACACAGCUGAUACUAUCCGUGCAGGCCGGCAUGCAGUUCAAGCGUUCUCAACCUAUCUCCAGCAAUAUAUAGCUAAAACAGCUGACACGAGUGACAAGAACUGGAACUUCCCCAAAUUGCACAUGAGUGUGCAUAUCUUUGACAACAUCGAAGCUAAAGGAGCUACAUGUCACUGCAACAUGAAGCCAAACGAGAAUAUGCACGGGCCGCUGAAAGAUUCAUAUCAAAUGCACACCAACUUCAGGAAUGUACAGAUUCUUCGCAUCAAUCAUUGGCAAGUGGUCUCCGAGAGCAUUUGCCGGAACAUAUCUGACUUCAAUGAGUAUCAGUUGCGUGAUGCCAACAAUGUACUGGAUGAAGACAAUUCUGUGCUUGGAUCCAGACAAGCUCAACAGACUUUUGAAUCUGUCAAGAACACUCACAGACAUGACAGCGCAUUUACUAACUUUUCCAUUCAAGUCCCUCUACCAGGCGGAAAGCGGGUCCAACUCAAAGCAGAUGACAAGAUUACCGAGUGCCGUUUCUUAAAGGUUAACUAUGAGUCAUUGGUAGAUUGGCGCCAACAUACCGACUUCCUUCAUUGUAAUCCCAAGUUCUUUGGUGCUCCACGCUUUGACUGUGUGUUCGUCCAGACAACCGACAAGAUCAUAUUCGGUCGCCUGCUCUUUGUUUUUGGAUGUACACUGGAGAAUACAGCCUUCUCCCUUGCCCUUAUUCACCCAUUUGAUACUCCCACUGGUGUUCGCAUCCGAAAAGACAAGCAUCUCUCCAUCUUUUGUGCUGAGUUUUUUUCAGUAAGGUCAAUUAUCCGGGGAGCUUUCCUAGUGCUGGAUGGUAGCACUUCAUGUGAAGCAAACACAUCCUUCCAACUCCAUCUCUGUUACCUCAGUUACCGGCCAUUUCCGUCACUGGACGCAUCCUCCCAACUCCAUGUCACUGGUCAUCACCGUCACUAG